CUCAGUAUGGUGCUCUCUUUCCUUCUGCAUCUGAUGUCCUUCCUCCCGGUGUUCCUGUUUGAUGCAUUAUCUGCAGACCCUUUGCCAGUCCCUACCCUCUCCACAGACCCCAGUUAUGAUGUAUACUAUGAAGGGGAGCGUGUAGCUUUGACAUGCUUGGCUCCAACAAAGAAGACACUAGGUGGCUUUUGUUUCUUCAACCAAAGUGGGGACCAAAUCUACUGGAGAGCACCCUAUCACCACACAACUGCCUGGUUCCAACUCACAGCUACAAAAGCAUCCAAUGGAGAAUACACUUGCAUGUACUGGGUGGAGGAUUCCGGACAAAAAAUCUCUUCCAAUAGGAGCCUUCCUCUUUCAGUUAAGGUGCAGGAUGCUCCCAUGGCUCCAACUUUGUCCCUAGAACCUCAGCAAGAGGUCUACAUAUCCGGGGACUAUGUCAAGCUACUCUGCUCUGUCCCGUCAUCUGCAGACUAUGUUAGAGAAAUCCAGUACUAUGGGGACUUUGGACUUGCAAUCUCUAUCCCAGUAUCAGACAUUAAAAACUACAGCUACAACCUCAGUAUCACUGGAAAGGAGGUCUCUGGGUUUUACAGUUGUGCCUAUUUUGUAUUUUGGUCUACACGUCCUGUUCGCUCAGAGAGGAGUCACUGGGUCCAUGUCUAUGUGAAAAGCCAGAAAAUCAGCUGGAUCCGAGAGAUUGCUGUGGGUGGCUCAUUCUUUACCAUCAAUGGCCUCAUCUUUUUCUUCUCCCACUGCCUGAUGAAGAGAAGAGAUCUGGAGGAGGGAUUCGGGAUGGAAUAACAAUAUGAAGCAGAAGAAACAUCCCCAAAGGCUUUUUGCCCUAUUUAGUAAAGGCAAUCCAUUCCCUAGGACCUUGCCUAAUUCCCUCUUGCCUGUUUCAGUGUCCCCAAAAGACAACAGUGGUGAAUGCUGAACUGAAAUUACUUGGCCUGCUUCUCUCCUCUGUGCCUUCAAACGUCUCACAUCUCUCUGAUUAAAUCUGGGUGUUGUAUCUUUGUGGUGUGGGUUUCAUCAAAAGAUAUCCUCCAUCCUGGAGAAUGUGUUCGUGUGUGUUUGUGCAUGUGUGUGUGCAUCUGCUCCACCACACAUGUAACUCCACCAUGUUAUCAUUAAAUCCGGUUCUUACUUU